GGGACGGGUGGGAGGCAGAAACGCCGGCUCGCCGCGCCCGUAGCGCCCCCAGGAAAGGCCGCUACCCUCGCGUACGUGGUCCGGCGUGCUGCGUCCGGCUGCGCUAGGAAAUUGCGCAGGCUGCGGCGGCCAGAAGCUGCUGGCCGAGGCCGCGGCUAGACGCCGGGAAGCGGCAGCACCCAGGGGACAACAUGCCAACUGCCAAGCAACUAGCUGACAUUGGCUACAAGACCUUCUCUACCUCCAUGAUGCUCCUCACUGUGUACGGGGGCUACCUGUGCAGUGCCCGGGCCUACCGUUAUUUCCAGCGGCGCAGCUCCCAGCGCCAGGCUGCAGAAGAACAGAAGACCUCAGGAGUCCUGUAGAACUGCAGGUUUUUCUCCUUGAGCAGAGAGGCCUGAGGCAUGCUGUGGAAUGAUCUCACCUGCAAUCAUUUCCAAGUCGAGAAAACUAGGGCCUUAAUGGUUUUCAAAUCCUGCUGAGAAAAAGUGCCCCUGUUUUCUCUGGUCCUGCCAGUUUGGGGCGGCUGUGGAAUCACAACAGGAAUGGGAGGAUGAGGCACACCUGUGGACAUUAAAUAUUUUGCCAUGUC